UAGGAGCCCAAAACCGUAACCCUAACGGAAGCAAUACUAAUAGCAGAACUCGGCGAUGAUUGAUGAAGAUUGAGGCAGCAAGUGACCGACCGAGUGGAAGCAGCAGAGAACUUCAUCGUCACAACAAUGGGUAAGGUUCAUGGAUCACUUGCACGUGCGGGAAAAGUGAGGGGUCAAACUCCCAAGGUUGCUAAACAGGACAAGAAGAAGAAGCCACGUGGCCGUGCCCACAAGCGCAUGCAGUACAAUCGCCGAUUCGUCACCGCCGUGGUUGGAUUCGGCAAGAAGAGGGGUCCCAACUCGUCCGAGAAGUGAGAGUAACAUGCUUCUUCAAUCAACGUCUUCCUUAGAUUUAAAUUUAUGUCACUAGUUACUUUUUUAUUACCCCUCUUAAUCAAGUUAAUGUUUUGAUUAUGUACUUUGAACGAUGUGUUUUUGUUACUAGUUUAAUAUAAAAACCAUAUUUUAUUUUUGCACA